CUAAAAAUGACCAUGGAGAGCUGCUCCUUGCAGAGGAUGCUGCAAUGCUAUGAGGUUUACUUUAAGGAGGGAUCUAGUUGUUGUUUUCCACUCCCUAAAGCGUGGUCAUAGAGAAAACAGAAUUAGACUACCCAGAGGUGUACAGCUAAAGGAUGGUUGUGAAACCCUCAUCCUGGGAGGUUUCCAGGGGACCAAACAAGACCUUGGGCACCCUGAUGUAACUCUGAAGCUCUCCCUGCUGUGACAGAGGACUGUAGGAUGACUGCAGUGAACUCUAGAGGUCCCCUCUGCCUCACAAUACAAGUCGAUGAUACACAGGCACAAGCCCACAGAGCAGCUGCGGAGGGAGGCACAAAGUGCCACAGCAGAUUGCACAAACUGUCCAGAAACAGGCUCUGAACCUGUCUGAACCAUUAAAUGGCAAUAUGCCCUCUCCUCAUUUUUAACCACGGUUUUGUCAGGAGUUUGUUUCAUCCCUGCAUGAAUUCUAAUUAAUUUUUGGAUCCCAAGAAGGAUCCAAUUUAAUACCAGUUACUGGUGACCAAUGAGACAGAUUCAUCCAACUUCAUCUUAAUAUUUUACCUGCAGUGCUCCCUUAUUUUGUCUGAAUUAUUUUGAAGGGGACCACACAUCAAAGAUUUAGUCAGUAAGACAGAGAUGUGGAGAGGUGUUUUGGAAUAAGUUUCUGUGACCAAAAAAAUCCUCAAAUCAGCAUGAUGAUUACUGACUAAUAGCUAAUGAUUAACUUAGGGAUUCAGCUGAGCUUUAGUGAUAAAUGAAAAGCUUCUCUUGAACAGCACAUACCUUACCUUUUUUUUUUCUUUUUCUUUUUCUUUGUUUUUUUCUUUUUUUUUUUUUUAAUGAUGAGAACCUAAUGGAUCUAUAAUAAUGUAAGAGAAAUUAGGACUGGCACACAGCAGGACUUCAGCAUUCAGCCAGGAAAAGCUUUAAAGUUUUCACUUCAGGACUCUAAGAAGUGAACCAUUUCUGCCAUCCCAGCUUGCUGGGAUCCUUGUUCAAACUGCAGUGCUGCGUUCCUAAUCCGCAGCCCCAGCUCGGCACGUAGCUGUGCCCAAUGCAGCUCUUACUGAACCACAUCUGGAUCAAUUCAUCCCUCCCGGAUGCAGCUGCUUGACACAGAGCAGAGAAGGGAACAGCGUUUGGGGCUCCCCAGGCAGUGCUGGAAAGACAGCACCCCACAAAGCAAACAGACCCCACGUGUAAUCUUGAGCUCUCAUGGAUGAUUAUGACUCUUUUUAAUGCAGAAAAUGGACAAAACUGUGCGUCUGUCUCUCCGUGCGGUGCCGGUUUCCGGGCCCUGAGCAGCCUCGGUGACAGACUACAUUUCCCAGGAGCCUGUCGCUCCCGAAUCUCCUGUGUCACUGCAGAAAGCCCUUCCAGCGCUGCAGAGCCGCCGGCGCUGCUGCGGUUCCCGGCGCUGGCGGAACAUGACCUUCAGCGGCUUUGUCUCCUAACCCAGCCGGGCUGACCGGCGCUAGGGCCCGCCCGUGCUGCAGACACGCCGGGCAGGCUGCCUGCUUAGCCUCGGUUCGUGUGAGAUGCUAGAUGUCACCUGCAGAAGAAGAGAGGAGCUCACCUCUUCCAGAGAGAUGGCCCCGAGCCAGCAAAUUCGCUCUGUCAGCCUGUGCAGCGGCUGUGGCAGAACUAGUGACAUUUCCCCUGGACCUCACGAAGACCCGGCUGCAGAUCCAGGGCGAGGCCGCGGCGCGGCGCGGCCCCGGCCCGGCGGCGCCGGCCCGCGGGAUGCUGCGCACGGCGGCCGGGAUCGCGCAGGAGGAGGGGCUGCGGCAGCUCUGGCAGGGAGCCACGCCGGCCGUGUACCGCCACAUAGUGUACACUGGUGUUCGGAUGGUUACUUACGAACAUCUCCGUGACUCCGUGCUUGGCAGGGUGGAGGGUGAGAGCUUUCCUCUCUGGAAAGCUGUGGUUGGAGGCAUGUGUGCGGGUGCCAUCGGACAGUUUUUUGCCAGCCCAACUGAUCUGGUGAAGGUGCAGAUGCAGAUGGAGGGAAGAAGGAAGUUGGAAGGAAAACCAUUACGGUUUCGGGGUGUGCACCAUGCAUUUCUGAAGAUUAUGUCUGAAGGAGGAGUAAGGGGACUUUGGGCUGGAUGGGUACCCAAUGUCCAGAGAGCUGCUCUGGUGAAUAUGGGAGAUCUGACCACCUAUGACUCAGUGAAACACUUUUUGCUUCUGAACACGACACUUGUGGACAAUAGUGUGACUCACAGUGUUAGCAGUGCCUGCUCAGGGCUGGUAGCAGCUGUUCUGGGAACUCCUGCUGACGUGGUCAAAACCCGGAUAAUGAACCAGCCAAGAGACAAGCAGGGGAGAGGUCUGCUCUAUAAAUCUUCCAUGGACUGCUUGAUUCAAACUGUCCAGGGUGAAGGGUUUAUGUCUCUGUACAAAGGCUUUAUACCAACCUGGAUGCGAAUGGCACCUUGGUCACUGGUAUUCUGGCUUACAUAUGAACAAAUCAGAAGGAUGUGUGGAGUUACUUCUUUUUAAAACCUGCAGUGUUCACAUAAGAGAGAAGACUCAAAAAGCUGAACGCUCAUUCCACAGGGUGGUAGGAUCACAUAUGUAGUUUGUUGCUCCACAUCUAGUCCUUACUGGCUGGGAGCAGUCGUGACUUAAGGAUACUAUUCCAUUGUCAGACUGGUACGUGAGAUUUAUAAUAUCCACAGGAUAAAAUUGUCACAAUAAUACUUCAGGCAGCAGCCAGCAUCAGCUUUCUGAACCAGCAAACAGGAAUAAAAAUAAUUCCACCAAGCAAAUAGAACAUAAUACUAUUUGUUUGAUAAUUGAGAUAGUUUCUAUUGUUAAAGACAAGAGCGGGUUGAUCAAUGCACUGAACAAGUUCUGUGGCUAAGCAUCUAUAAAAUUAUUCAGGAAUUUUUGUUGUUAAUUUGCAUUUGCACAGAGAUAAAGAACUACCUCUCAUUAGUUUGAUGUGUCAGGAAACCAAGCCUGUAGUGCUAGGUACUGAAAAAGAUAAAAGUUUACCUGUUUUCAAAUCUGCUUUGCACAAGAAGUGGAAGGGUUUGUGUUCCUCUUACUUCCCAGAGACUGCCUGACCUCUCCAUUCAACUAUUUGAGUAAGAUCAUGAUUGAAAUGCAUUCCUGCUCCCAGAAAAUCAAAAACCUAGUUUGCUCUGCAAUGCUCGAAGGACUCAGGAUACUCCACAAGACCAAGCUGGACUACUUGUCCCAUGACAAUCUCCGUGCUGUUGGGGCAGACUGGGUCAUUUUCUGUGGAAAUGUGCACUCUGCCCACUUUAAAUCUCGAUGGAAAUACAAUGUUCUCUUUGAUUAUGCAAAAUGUUUGAAGAGGAGUGACUUACUUGUUUUUAAACCCAAAGCCUUCCUGAUUUCCUGGAGAAGGAGACUAAUGCUACUUGUCACUAGAUUCAUCUUUGGCAAUCAAGAGUUGAAAAUGCAUUAUUAAAAGCAGCCAUGAGUAGAUAAAAUAAAGCUGGCUUUGAUUUAGUGAUAUCUAGUGAUUGAAUUAAUGUAAAAAACUUGGCUCUUUGAAUAAAUACCCAGGAUUUCUUCUAGUCUUUGCAA